AUGUUCCGCCAAGGGCCCACAAUGCCACGGAGGCUGAUUUUAAUCCUGGCGUUGGUAUGUCCACUCGGUGCUCAACCUUGUGCCGAGGGCUUCGGCUAUACCGGGCAGCUUUGCGAAGAAUGCCAGCCGGGCACGUACAUGAGCUACGUGAACCUGACGGUAAACGUGUCAUAUCUCAUCGGUUGCCGGUUCUGUCCGGCGGGUGAGUACAGUGGAGCUGGCGCAUCUUCCUGUUCCAGGUGCCCUGCGGGCACUCACAGCUGGGCACAAAGCAGCUCCUGCAGCCAGUGCGUGCCCGGGAGGUAUAGCCCGCCGGGGAUGAAGGAUUGCAUCGAGUGCGCCCCGGGGCUGUUUGCCUCGGGGGAUGCCUUUGAGGAGUGCUUGGAGUGCCCCGCCGGCACCUUCAGCAGUAGCUACAGGGGCUCCACGAGUUGCACGCAGUGCCCCAUGGGCCAGUGGAGUUCCGUUGGCUCCCAAAGGUGCCUGCCGUGCAACUAUGGGGACUACCUGGACGAGAAUCACACCUGCAGCGAGUGCCCGGCGGGGACUUUCAGCAUUCAGGGUGCCAGUAGCUGCAGUAUUUGCGCUCCGGGCUCGCGGAGCGACAGCGGCGCCAAGGAGUGCGUGCCUUGCUCGCCGGGGCGCUUCGUGACCCAAGGGGACGGCGAGUGCCAGGACUGCCCCGGUGGAACUUUCAGCAGCCAGGGCUCUACAGGCUGCGAGGUGUGCCCCUUCGGCCACAGCUCCCUGGCGGUCUCCGAGAGCUGCCUGCCGUGCCGUGCCGGGAGCUUCGUGCGGGACCCGGCGGCGCCCUGCGCCAGCUGCGACGCCGGGAAGUUCAGCGCCGGGAGGUCGGACCGGUGCCUGGCCUGUGCUCCGGGCCGCUUCAGCGAGCCGGGCGCCCAACGGUGUGAGCUCUGCGCAGCCGGCAGGUUCAGUGGCAGCGCCUUCGGCGCCUGCCCGCCCUGCGCCGCCGGGAACUUCUCCGCCGCCGGCGCCGCGGAGUGCGAUCCGUGCCCCGCCGGCGCCCGGAGCGACACGGGCGCCGGGAAGUGCGAAGUCUGUGAUGCUGGUAAAUUCAUCCGUUCGGCAGAUGAUCCUGUUUGCGAGGUUUGUCCAGCAGGGACUUCGAGUCGACGAGGAUCCGCGGAGUGUUCCACAUGUGAGGAAGGCUACGUAAGUGAUGCAGGCGCCAGCGAAUGCCUGCCUUGCGAUCCCGGGAAGUUCACGACAGAUGCCAAGGAGUGCAGGAACUGUGAAGAGGGAACUUGGAGCAGCUUUGCUGCCGUCAACUGUUCCACAUGCCCACCGGGCUCGCAGAGCGACGAAGGAUGGGGCGCCUGUCAAAUUUGCCCUCCGGGCACCCAAAUGAUAUCGCCGGAUCAGGGGUGCGAAACUUGCCCGUCUGGGACCUUCAGCCAUGCAGGGGCCGUUCUUUGCGAAUUGUGCGAGGCGGGCACCUACAGCAAUGAGUCCUCCAAUCACUGCACUGACUGCCCUCCCGGCAAAGCCGCCGGCAAUGCCUCCUCUUCUGCCUGUGAGGAUUGCCCGUCUGGUCGAUUCAGCGUGGAGAGGGCGGAGGAAUGCUCCAUCUGCCCAGCGGGGACAAUCAGCAAAUCUGGCGCCGGGUUCUGCAAAGGCUGCCCACCUGGAACUUUCAGCGGAACGGAGGCAGACGAAUGCCACGAUUGCCCAGCUGGGACGUUCAUUCUGCGCCCCGAUCAAGUCUGCGAGCUGUGCCCUCCAGGCCGCUUCAGCGGUGUGGCGUCCACCGCCUGUGACUCGUGUUUGGGGGGCACCUACAUCACCGACCCCGCCAGCAACUGCAGCGACUGCCCCGCCGGCAGAUUCAGCGGCCUCGAGGCCACGGGCUGCGGCGAGUGUUUGGGCGGCCAGUACAGCCCGCAAGGUUCGGAGGCGUGCGGCAACUGCCCCGCCGGGAGGUAUUCCCCAGAACCCCAUGAGCCGUGCAGAGAAUGCCCCGAAGGGAGGUGGAGCGCAGAAGCUUCCACGGAGUGUACGGACUGCCUGCCUGGCAGGUCCCGUGACGACCAGAAGGGCUGCAGCAGCUGCGCCCCCGGCAGCCGCAGCUCACAGGCCGCCAGCGAGUGCGACGAGUGCCCCGCGGGCAGGUCGAGCAGGACAUCCUCUUCCAGUUGCGAUGUUUGUGCUGCAGGUUUCUUCAGCGACGAGAUGUCAGGUGCUUGUCAUCCAUGCCCUGCCGGCAGCUUCAGUCCAGUGGAAGCGGAGCAGUGCCGCUUGUGCCCCGCCGGCACUCGAAGCGGCGUUGCCUCUGGCAGCUGCACAGCGUGCCCCGUGGGCACGGUGAGUCCAACCAACUCCAGCCGCUGCUUUGUGUGCCCGGAGGGACGCUAUGCGCCAUCUCCAGACAUGACCUGUAUGGAUUGCCGGGCUGGCACCUGGAGCAUGAGGCAGUCUGGCAGCUGCAUGGACUGCCCUGUGGGGCGGUGGAGCCAUCCCGGCGCGCGGGACUGCGCAGCAUGUCCUGCUGGCACCUUCAUCGUCGAGGGCAAUGCAACCUGCCAGCCCUGCCCUCAUCGAACCUGGAGCUUUUCUGCCUCCGCGGACUGUGACCCUUUGGGCUCGGGUUCCUGGAGCACGCUGCGGGUUCAAAGUCUGCACGACCAAAGUCGCAGGCUCCCUGACGCUGUUGGCCUCAACAGUUGGUUCGAGAUUCGGCCCCGGGACCUGUCGAUGGAUGUGUGGGCGAGCGUCGGGAACAGCCGCAUCGGAGUCAUUGCGGCUCAAACCACGGGCCAUGCCUUCAACCUCUGCGGGUGCACGGAUGUCUUCGGCUUCGAAGGCAGUGCCAAGGCUGUCAUCAACCUGUAUGACAUCAAGCCCUGGAAUGCUCGAAGCCUCAUCCGCGAACGGCUGAACAAGCAAGGGGAGCUGGCGCGGAGGUCUCCGCUGCGCAAGGUUCCGGUGCGAGAAGGCCUCGACUUCUUCCGCGACAGGGUGAAUGCCCAGUGGUUCAACCAUGGCUUCGAGCUGCAGAAGGAUAAGUUUGUGGAAAUCCUCGUGAUGCUGCUAGGCCACAAAGACGUGCCUCACAACCCAAGGGAGAGGGAAGACUUGUACCAGAUCUUCGACUCCAUGGACUUUGAUGGGAAUGGAACGCUGAGCACCGGCGAAUGGGCCUCGGGCCUCUCUGUCUACUUCAAGGGCUCCACGGAGGAGGCGGUGCGGGCGGUAUUUGAUUGCCUGGACACCAACGGCAACGGCGCCAUCUCCAAGUCCGAGCUGCAGGCCUACAUCGGGCCAUUCAUCAAGGCAAUGUCUCCUUCGGAAGCCGCUGCUUUGCGGCCGCUUCUGGAGAAGAAGGCGGUGGAUGAUAUCUACUAUGACAUGGACAUGGAUCACCGCGCAGAUAUUUCCCCCAACGAGAUGCUGGCGUGGAGCAAUCGUGGCAACAACAUCGUGGACAAGCUGGCGGACAUCAUAGACCAGGAAGUGUACCAGAUCUGGCUCACGGAGUCCAAGAAGGCGGCCACCGCGGCCAAGUACUCGGGGUAUCACAGCCCCAGGGCCGGCGCCAGGAACCCGCAAGAUCCCGACGCCUUGAACUCCCCGAGUCCCAACCAGUCGUACUACGGCAGCCCCACUAGCACUAUGCACUCGGAGUACGGCCCCCCGCCCUCCUCCGCCAGCCCCAGCCCGUCCCCCACGGGGCCCAGUGGCUGGUUCGGCGGCUACUUCGAUGGCAGUGGUGCCAGGAGCCCCGAAAGCCCUGCGAGCCCAUCCUCAAUGCCGCCUGCUCCAUCCGCGCCAGCGACGCAACACGACCCCUUCGCUCAUCCCAGACAACGGGCAGUGCCGCCGCCGCCGCCGCCGCCUGCGCCGGGCCGCGCAGCACCUGCAGGAGGCUUCGCGCCGCCGCAGAGUGCCCUAUCCAGCUCGCCAUACUACACGGGUCCAUGCCAAUCGUCGCCACAGUACCGAGGUGGAUACUGA